AACCUGAGCAAUCUGAUUGGUUGAGUUAAUCAGGAAGAAGACGCGAACCGCGCCCGCAUCGUUGAGCUGCAUUCACGAACGCAAACAACACAAACGGCGGUAUAGCUUCAAAAUAGCUUAAACCGCUUCGAGAGGUUGUGGUUCUGUUAGGUUUCUGUCGGGUUUUUUUUUGUCGUGUAUUUGCUGCACAUGCGGGAAGUGGAUGUGAAUAUUUGACUUACUGCGUUACUGAUCCAACUUGUUUACAAACAGUCCUGAUUCAACCGAGGAUGGCUUCACGAGGAAAGUCAGAAACGAGCAAGUUGAGACAAAAUAUGGAGGAGCAACUUGACAGACUGAUGCAGCAGCUUCAGGACUUGGAAGAAUGCAGAGAAGAGCUGGACGAGGAAGAAUAUGAGGAGACAAAGAAGGAGACAUUAGAGCAGCUGAGUGAAUUCAAUGACUCCCUGAAGAAGAUCAUGACAGGAGACAUGACUCUGGUGGAUGAGCUGAGUGGAAUGCAGCUGGCGAUCCAAGCUGCCAUCAGUCAAGCCUUCAAGACUCCAGAGGUGAUCCGACUGUUUGCUAAGAAGCAGCCAGGACAGCUCAGAACCAGACUGGCAGAGAUGGACCGAGACGUCAUGGUGGGGAAGCUGUCUAAGGGCGUGUACACGCAGCAGAAGAUGGAGGUUCUCACAGCGCUGAGAAAGCUGGGAGAGAAGCUAACAACAGAGGACGAGACUUUCCUUGCAGAAAACACGACAGCUACUUUGAGCCAAUUUGAAAAAGUGUCGACAGGCUCCGAAGAUAAAAUAUUGGCUUUAGCAAGUUGUGGUGUGAAAACCAAAGUAUAACAAACAAUUACGUACACAGAGAGAGGACACAGCAGGUGGUUUUAUUGUAAAUAAUGUGAUGCUUUUUAACAGCAUUCUGGAUACAUAAUGUGUACAGUAUCUCAGUGUUUUAAACUGUGUAGUCUUCUUGCUACAAGAAUGUAAAAAAAAUAGAUGUGCUGUUAUUAUGCUGUAUUUUUAUUGCUUUGCUUCAUGUUUUUAUGCAUGUUGAAUGUGUGCUAUUGUUUUGAAUGUAGUUUACAGGGAUGUAGUUUACAUACAAGGCCACACUGAAAAGGAACAGAGAGUCAAAAUCAAAGGAAAAACAUAUUUCAAUAGCAAUGUGAAUUUCCACAUAACACCAGAGAUAUUUCAUUGUCAAAGUAUAACUUUACAACAUUUCUAACAGACCUCAUCUUCACCCUAAUAUGUAUUUUUCUUGUAAUAACACUUAUCUAACAUUACACGUUUGAAGAAGGAAUUGCAACUUUUUUAUGCAGUAUUCUGACUUUAAGCCUAAAAUGAACGUCACAUCAUAAUAAUAUGAUUUAAUAACUGACUUUAAUCUUUCUAUUUAGAAUUCAACUAACAACUUCGUUCUUACGGUUUUCACUACUAUUGUCUGUAUUAUAAAUAAACAAUUGUUUUUUGUGUGUGUAGAAUUAUUACUUCAUUUUCAUAAAAUUCGGAAUAUUUCUCAUUUUGACUUUGUUCUUGUAAAGUAAUUUUACUCCUUAGUUCUCAAGUCAAUAAUAUUUUUCUGACUAUUUUGAUUUUAUUCUCUUUACUCACAUAAUGAAUUACUUUAUUUUCUAAAUAAUUCUAUUAUUUAUACUUUUUUUCUCAGAAUAUCAAAAUUGAUCCAUUGUUCAUAAAUUAUGGAUGCAACAAUCCUUCUCUUAAAAUUACAACUUUCUCAUAUUAUCUUUUAAAACUGAAAUAGAAUAUAUUACAUUUGUUUUAAAUAUAAUUAAAAUGUUUUAAUGAUCAAAAAUAUGUUUUUAAUGUUUAGUAAUUUUUAAAUGAUUGAAAACUUAACUCCCGUAAAAUUACCUGAUUCUCACAUCACGACUUAUCCUUGCAAUAUUCCAACUCCAUCUAUCCAUCCUUCAAUUUCCAUUAAAUUGCCAAUUUGACUUUUUUUUAUUGUUGUAAAAGUAGGAUUUUUUAAUUUAUUCUGGUACAAUUAUGACCUUGUUUUUGUUCUUAUGUUUUAUUUCAGUGUGGCUCUUCUCCUUCUUUGUAUAAUCAAUGUAUUUUACACUACAGCAGCAAUAUUAGUGUAGUAUUAAUAUAAUAUCCAUCAUCUGCAGCUGGUGUACAUGCAGUAUGUUAUGAUAGUGUACAUUAGACAGAAUGUUUUGUAAACAGUUGGUGGUGUCUGGCCCUCUCUUAAAAUUUGAUUUAUAUGAUGCCGUUGCUGAUUGUGUUGUUAUAUGCAAAACUGUAUAAUAAAAACAUUACUUUUAUUUGAUGCAAGUCAACGUUAAGCCA